AUGAUCGACGGCGUGCUCCGGCCGGCGCUCGACGCCGCGGGCGGCGCGCUCGAGGCCGUCUUCCGCGCGUCCGAGGUGCGCGUGCUCGAGGUCUCCUGGGACGCGGCGGGCCGGCUCGUCUCCGUCGUCGCGCGGUCGCUCGGCGACGCGAUCCGCGAGGCGGACCGAAGGACGCUCGCGGCCUUCGAGGACGCGCGGAAAGCCAUCGGCCGCGUGCGCGACGACGCGCUCGCCGCGCGCGUCGACGAGCUGCAGGCGCGCGCGCUCGCCGCGCUUUUCGCCGGGGCGGCGGCCGACGCCGACGCGGCGUUCCGCGACCUCAAGGCCAUCGCCGAGGCCGAGAGCGGGCGGCUCGCGGCGCUCCUGGCGCGGGUCAUGGACGCCUACCGGCUCCUCGGCGAACGAUACCGUUUCUUGAAUCGCGUGCCCGCGCGCGAGGGCGCCGCGCCGGCCCAGGUCCUGCCGCUGCCGGCGACGGCGGACGCGGCGGCGACGGGCGACGUCGCGCGCGUCCGCCUGCUCCUCGCGCGCGCGGCCCGCGUCGACGGCGCGUUCCGUUCCCGCGCCACGGCGCUCGUCGCGGCCUUCAACGGCGCGUCGUCGACGGCGGCGCUCGCGGCGACGCUGGGCCUCGAUCCGGCGGCCUGGCCCCUGGACCACAGGGACGCGGGGACCGCCCUCGGCGCGGCGCCGCUGCGCCUCAAGUUCGGGCCGCCGAAGAGCCUCGGGCGCGCGCUCGAGAAGCCCCUCGGGAGCCUCAAGGACCUCAACCGGUGCACCGUCGAGUGCCACUGCCCCUACGUCUGCGCGCUCUUCCUCGCCGGGCUCCGCGAGACGUUCCCCGUGGUCGCGGUGAAGAACAAGCACGAGCCAGCGCACAAGCAGGACGAGGUCUCGCAGCCGCCGGACCUCCACGUCAACGUCGACCUCGGCGGCGGCUUCCUGGGCGAGGUCCAGAUCAUCCUGACCUACUGCCUCGAGGUCAAAAACAUCCUCCACUUCUUCUACGAGCUCCUCCGCGCGAAGACCGUGGACCUCGUCCUCGAGCCGAUGAGGAGACACGCAUCCGAAGCGGGGUAA